GAGAAGGCUCUGCAUCAGCAUCAGUCUUGUUCCCACAGAGCAGAUCCAGGUGAAGCAAGAGCACCUGCAGAGGUGGAAUCCCAAAAAUGGAGGAAAUGAGGGCUUAUUCUGGAUUUUUGGGCGUGGAAAGGAGCAAACGGGCAGGUCACAGCCUGGAGAUGAAGCCAGAGGCACGUGUUGCCUGCCAAGUGAUGCUGGCAGUGCUUUUCAUGGUCCUGUUCAUCACAGCCAUCACUUUCGCAGUGCAGGCUUUUCAGCCUCAUGCCCAGCCCUGCUUUCAGUGUCCCUUUGACUGGAUCAGGUACAGAGGAAAAUGCUACUAUUUUUCGGAGGUUGAGGGGAACUGGACAUCCAGCCAGGACAACUGCUUGGCACUUGGUGCUUCCUUGGCCAUGCUGGACAGCGUGGAGGACUUGACCUUUGUGAUGAGACACAAAGGCAUCUCAGAGCAUUGGAUUGGCCUUUUGCGGGAGGAUGAGGAGCAGCCAUGGCAAUGGGUGAACCACACACCUCUAUCUCACCUGUUUCAAAUCCGUGGUGGUGGGCUCUGCGCUUACCUGGAUGGCAGUGGGCUCAGCUCCUCCCACUGUAGCAACGAGAAGAGCUGGAUUUGUAACAAACCUGAGCUGCAGAGCUCAAGCAAAGGCAACAGGACGAGACGGCCUCCAAACCUCUGUGUCAGCUCCUUGGGUGCUGCAGGGAGGGCUUCUCAUGCCCAAAUACCUGCUGCACCAUAGGGACAUGGAAGAAAACUUCAGAAAGCUUUUGAACCACCUGGGCAAGGUGUUAUUGGAGGUUGCAUGGGACCAACAAGGUGUUGGUGGGACAAGGGAACCUUUGAGGAACAAUGUAAGGCAGUUCCUGGGAAUUCUGGGGAGCUAGAGUGGCCUUGGGGCAUAUUUUUUGGGCUUGGGGCAACUUGCUGAUGGGUCAAAUAUAGAUG